AUGCUUAGAACUGUUGUCAGACAAAGAACAGCUAUCCGUUCAUUAGCUACAUUUGCAUCUCCAGAAUCCGUCUUGCCUAAAAAAUAUGGCGGAAGAUACACAGUCACUUUGAUUCCAGGUGACGGUGCAGGUCAAGAAAUCACCGACUCAGUCAAGACCAUUUUCAAAUCACAAAAUGUUCCUGUUGAUUGGGAAGUUGUCGAAGUUAGUGGUGUCGCUGACGGAGCAGGCCACCACGGUGUCGACGAAGCCGUUGAAUCAUUAAAGAGAAACAAAGUUGGUUUGAAGGGUAUUCUUUACACCCCAACUGACAAGUCAGGCAAAUCAUUGAACGUUGCCUUGAGAAAAGAAUUGGACAUUUACGCUUCAUUGGUGUUGAUCAAAAACAUUCCUGGUGUCAAGGGUAUCUACGACGGUAUUGACUUUGCCCUUGUCAGAGAAAACACCGAGGGUGAGUACUCUGGUUUGGAGCACCAAUCAUACCCUGGUGUCGUUGAAUCGUUGAAAAUCAUGACCAGAUUCAAGUCUGAGAGAAUUGCUAAAUUUGCUUUUGACUUUGCCGAAAAGAAUAACAGAAAAUUGGUUACUGCCAUCCACAAGGCCAACAUCAUGAAGUUGGGUGAUGGUCUUUUUAGACAAACCGUUAAAGACGUUGGUCAAGACUACAGUGGUAUCGAGGUCAACGACUUGAUUGUCGAUAACGCCUCCAUGCAAGCUGUUGCUAAGCCACAACAAUUCGAUGUCUUGGUCACUCCUAACUUGUACGGUUCCAUCUUGUCCAACAUUGGUGCUGCUUUGAUUGGUGGUCCAGGUUUGGUCCCAGGUGCCAACUUUGGUAGAGAAUACGCUGUUUUCGAACCAGGUUGUCGUCACGUUGGUUUGGACAUCAAGGGUAAGAACACCGCUAACCCAACCGCAAUGAUCUUGUCUGCCGCUAUGAUGUUGAGACACUUGGGCUUGAACGAACAAGCCGACAAGAUCUCCAAGGCUACAUACGACGUAAUCGAGGAGGGUAAGGUUAGAACCAGAGACAUUGGUGGUAGUGCAUCAACCACCGAGUUCACUGACGCCAUUAUUGAAAAGUUGGCAUAA